AUGUCGCGUAAAUUACAACCGAAUAACUUAAAACCGAACGCAGUAAGCAGAGUACGUGCAUUACCGGACAGCCAUUUCAACAGUUUUUUCUCUGCAUCUUACCCAUGCGAGCGAGUUGAUCUACAGUGGUUAUGUCCUAUAGAUGAAGUACCAUUUCUGGAUCCAGCAACAGGUCAACCACAUUAUUGCUCAUUGACAAUUCAUUGUCCCAUUGGAUACGAUUGUUUUCAGGGAACAAUUUGUUGUAGGAAACCUGGCCAAUGCCUUAAUGGACAAUCAAUUGCAACAGAUAGUAAUGGGCAUUUGUUGGCAUGUAUUCCGUCUGGUCAUUGUCCAUCAUAUAGUGUUUGCUUACCGUCAAUAUCAUUAUCUACUACAGUUUUACAAUUCCUUUGUUGCAAUGUAUCCAUAUCAGCAAUUCAAUCCAAAUCCAUUCAACGAUCAAGAAGAUACAACCAUUCGGUAAUGGCAUUACUUCCUUCUUUUUGA